ACACAUUUUUGCAGCACUCAGACCCCGGUAUCUCAUGCCUUCCCACCCUGACAAAAGCGUCCACCGAUCACUGUGAUGCUGUCGUUGGCAGCCAUUCACUUGUAAAGCGUUACAUUUUAAGACAACACCCGCUAGCGGAACAGCCAUUCCGAAGUCUAGGCGAGUACGGACCCGGCAACUAGUGCAGCGACAAAACCAAAGCGACGGAAGUAAUGAUCGGGAAGAUGCGUACGCUGUUCCAGCGGUUUUUUUAAAGACUUCUCAGGCACACACACACACACAUUAGCAUAUGCACGGGAUGCAUUUUUGCCGAGCGGGGUGAAACGAUGAAACCGAAUCCCGAGUAGACAAAAGCUCGCCAAAACGAUUCCAACCCCUAGCGAGUGAAUCGCCGUGCGCCGUAAAGUAUGCAAGCAGCGGAUCGUAGUACAGAGCGCGCGCGACCAAACCGUUUCGCGAAGGCCAGGAUAAUGCGCGUUCAUCCGAGCCGAUGGUGAUUCGUGCGCCGCUCGGGAGCGGCGUGUGCUUCUGUGCUUUCCAAUGGAUGCCUCCCAGCGAAGCAGAGCCCGAUCCCGGUUCAGUUGCGUCCGAAGCGCCAGCGACACGGGUGUCUCCUGUUCGCUAACCACCCGGGAAAGAUAGAGAGCAACCUGUUUUCCCCGUACGGGCGAACAGGAACAGCUUCAUCGUAACGGUUUCCUUCCUUUUUUGAAGCUUUUUGUCUGAGAGUGUAUGUGUGUGUGUGUGUGUGCGUUAGCUAGUGUUUAAGUAAUUCAUUCGAAGCUUUCCACAUGAGUCGUUCCAUCAAUCGUGCCACAUCCCGUGCAGUUACUGUCUGUGUGCCUGCGUUGCCGUCUGAAUUAUUGAGCAGCUUAAAGGCCGCAUUUGAAUGAUUGGAAAAUGCUUUCCCUCACCGUUCCGUGCGUUUGUGGAUUGUGGUUGAUGUUUCAUUACCGAAUGUUGUCAGUGCAGUCGAACAUCUCGGAAACGUAACCGCGUGAAAUUGUUGUGCGAAUGAACGGCAGCGCGCAUAUCCGGUUGUAAACUACUAGCAAAACGCACCAUAUCAUAAACUGUGCGCACUAUCGCUAAGAGACGGCGUACAGGCGGGUAGUGCACCCAUUACAGCCAGUACUCAUUAUAAAGGAUGCAACAACAUCUUGCGCUACGGGUAACUUCGAACCCAGCCGUCAGCAAGGAUCUGUAGGAAAUAAUGCAAGCCAAGAUGGCAGCAGAAAACGGUGCAAAACAUUUCUGUGAUUAUUAACACGGUGUAGCGCAGCAUUACACAUCCCGGAUGUCAUCAAACCUACAGCUGACGACCAUUACAUCGCACAUACGUGGGUAGAGUGCACUGUGGUUAGCAGCAGCACGAAGCGAUCCGUUUGAUAACUCCUCUGGCAGAGCAGGAUCGAUGUGCAGGGAAGGCUAGGGGUUCGCCACACGCCACGUCGAUGCAUCAUGGGACGCUUCCCCUACAAUGACGAUCCGGUGGAAAUGUGGCUCUGGUCAUCUAGAAAGCCGGUACAAUUUGUACGACUGUCAUCGGUUCCGUUUGCGAGCCAGCAUCUUUCCAACACGGCGACGGUAACGCUGGCCGGUGCGACCGUUGGCGUGGGCGUCCGCGGUUUGGCCGGAGGUUUGGUCCGCCCGCCCGCCUACACCGGGUACGCUAGCUACAUGAAGCAAUUUAAUUUCACCGGCAACCCGAUCGACAACCGGACCGGAGCCGAAGCCGGCCUCGGCCCGGACCGGAUCGAUGCGGACGACGACGAGGACGAUGGGUCGUCGCUGGCGCUGCACAACUACUGGGCCCUGCUGGCAAUAAUACUCGUGUUCGGUACGGCCGCCGGCAACAUUCUCGUCUGUCUCGCCAUCGUCUGGGAGCGGCGGUUGCAGAACGUCACCAACUACUUCCUGAUGUCGCUCGCCAUUACGGACUUGAUGGUUGCACUGUCCGUGAUGCCGCUGGGCAUCCUAACGCUGGUGAAAGGGCACUUUCCGCUGGAUUCGGAGUACUGUCUGGUGUGGAUCUGUUUGGAUGUGCUGUUCUGCACCGCUAGCAUCAUGCACCUGUGCACCAUCUCGGUCGAUCGCUACCUGUCGCUGCGCUAUCCGAUGAAGUUCGGCCGGAACAAGACGCGUCGCCGGGUCGUGCUGAAGAUAAGCUUCGUAUGGUUGCUGUCGAUUGCGAUGAGUCUGCCACUAAGUCUAAUGUAUUCCAAGAACCACGCGUCGGUGCUGGUGGACGGAACGUGCCAAAUACCGGAUCCGGUGUACAAGCUCGUGGGCUCGAUCGUGUGCUUCUACAUUCCGCUCUGCGUAAUGCUGAUCACCUACACGCUGACCGUGCGGCUGCUGGCACAGCAGAGCGAAAACCUCGGCGGUGUCGGCAGUGGCGGCGGCUGGUCGAGCGGGUGGCUUGGCCAAGCGCCCGCGUUCGAUCGGCGCAACACCUGGAAGCGCAUCAUUAAGCUGAGCCUGCCCGCGGCACAGAACCCGCACGCACACUCCGCCGCCUCCACCGAUACGGAGCUUUCCACGCUGGACAAUCACGACCUUUGGCUGCUGGAGUCUAGCAUUCCAGAACCGAGCUCGAUUACAAUGACGGCGAUGCAGCGAUUCGGCGAGGAGAUGUUGAAACUUUCCCAAGGGCUAGAAUCGGUGGCGCAGCACAGCGAUCGAAACCAGGGCCAGAACGGUAGCUCGCGCACGCCGGAGCCAUCACGUGAGAAGGAAUCGUUUCGCAAAAAGCCAGCCAACGCAAAGCAUGCGCCGGCGCCGGUCACGAUGGUAACCGUGCGGUCGCCAGUGCCGUCGAAAAAGCGCCGCAGCUCCACCUCCACCUGGAUCGCGCGGCGCAACUCGGGCACGCCGCCCCCGGUGCGGCUGGUGCGGAAGCGCUUCAAGAGCCUGCCGCACGCACUGCCGCCCCCCGCAUCGGACGACAUCGAGGUGGACGAGCAGUUCAUGCAGGACGUGCUGUACGAGCUGCGGGACCGGGAGGACCGGGGAUCGGUGCACGGCUCCUCGGCCCGACCCAGUGCCGCCGGGCUGGACGGCGUACCAGCCGCCCUCAGCAGGACCAUCAGCGAUCGACGGGAGGGCCGGGACGCGGGCAGCAAUCCAGACGGCCCCAGGCAGGCGCAUCCACUGGCGGCACCGAGCCAGUCGGCGGCCACCCUAAAGCUGCCCCCGCCCUGCAAGUGUCCGUUCUUCGGCGAAGGUGCGCCCGGCCGGCAGCAGUACCUGCGCCCGGCCGAGAUCAAGAUCGUCAAGACGAGCACCGACUUCGGGCCGAUGGGCGGGGCGGCAUCGAACGGCGACAGCCUCGUGUACAGCACGAUCUCCAUCUCCUCCGGCUCGAACGUGACGACGCAGCCGACCCGGUCCAUCUCGAGCAGCCUGUCGACCCUGCCCGCCUCCGCACUGGCGUCCCCGAGCCGGAAGGGCAGCGCGCCGAAGGGCAUCUCGGUGGUGACGUGGGAUCAGCGGCGCCACCAGCGGCGCGGCUCGAGCUUUGGCGGGGCGCGAACCUCCCUGCUGCUCACGCCGACCAAGGCGAGCCCGUCGAGCGUGUCGCUGCGGCGGUCGAUCAACCUGCGCCACUCGGCACUGGAGGGCGGUGGUGGCGGCAGCUGCGGCGGCGGCGGCGGCAGCGCCGGCGAAACCAUGUUCCGCGGGGCGCCGAAAAAGAACAGCUCCUCGCCGUGCCUGAUGCAACACCAAACGGGCGGCGGCGGCGGUGGCAAUGGCACAGCGGUAGCGAUGAUGGCGGUGGCGGCCGCCUCGUCGACCGUGCCGACGCUGGCCACCACGACGAUGGCCGUCCGGUCGCACCACUCGCGCAACUCGAGCAUGAUCUCGCGCAACUCCUCCCGCCACGGGCGCAUCAUCCGGCUCGAGCAGAAGGCGACCAAGGUGCUCGGCGUGGUGUUCUUCACGUUCGUCAUCCUGUGGGCACCGUUCUUCGUGCUCAAUCUGCUGCCGAGCGUGUGCAAGCACUGCGAGGACAACAUCGACCAGUGGGUGUUCGAGUUCGUCACCUGGCUCGGGUACGCCAGCAGUCUGGUCAAUCCGAUCUUCUACACCAUCUUCAACAAGGCGUUCCGGGACGCGUUCCGCAAGGUGCUGCUGUGCCGGUACGGGCUGAAGGCGCGCCACUGGCAGCCGAACAGCUAGUACGCGGCCGGUACCGGCCGCGGUCCGGACCACAGCGAGCUGUAGGUGAAUCUUCCUCCUCCUCCUCCUCCCAACCACUCACCCACGCAAGCACACGAACUCCGCGCACAAACGGUUUCGGUCGGUUUUUGAUACUUCCCGUUUAGGGCUUCUCGGGGGGGUCUUGCGUCACGUCCCGCUUGGCGAAAGGACGACGGCCCUGCACGAGUUUGUAGAUAUAGCGUACGGUGUGUCGGCGCGUGUAUGUGGUGUUGUUACCUAGCAAUAAAUGUUUUAUACGUUCUUCGUAGUA